GGGAGCUUGGGGAAAGCACAGCCAGGUACAUCAGACUCGACGGCAUCCCUUGACACCCAGUGGCUUCAGACCUUAGAAGUCAACUUGGCAGACCCACAGAAGACUCUCCCAGGAGCCACCAAGCCCCCGGCCGCUAGUCUCCAGCCCCUUUGGUGGCCAGCUCGGGACAGGCCCCUGCGCCUAAGCCGCUGCACCUUGCAGCAGCAUCCCUGGACGCCUGCCUCUUCGAAGUCCCUCCUGAAGUUUCGCCACACCCGCAGGUUCUGUUUGCCUCUCUUCCCAAAUCGCCAAGACUCCAGAACGCAGUAGCACUUCCGAAACACCUUACCCUUUCCAGCCCCUGCCCCUCUUCGAGCCCACGUGCGGCCUGCUACUAUGAGCUGCCCCACUGAUAAAAGGCGCUCCCUGGUGGCUUUCCUGCGCCGGCUGCGCGACCUCGGACAGCCCCCCAUGUCCAAGGCGAGCGCUCCCCGCGAGCCAAAAGAGGUGCCCCUCUGCCCGCUGGUGACAGGUGCUAAGACUCGGGACGCCACCUCCCUGCCUGGACCCACCAACUGGCCACUGCUAGGCAGUUUACUGGAGAUUCUUUGGAAAGGGGGCCUGAAGAAACAGCAUGAUACUCUGGCCGAGUACCACAAGAACUACGGUGAGAUUUUCCGGAUGAAGCUGGGCUCCUUCGACUCGGUCCACCUGGGCUCGCCGAGACUGCUGGAAGCUCUGUACCGCACCGAGAGCGCACAUCCCCAGCGAAUGGAGAUCAAGCCCUGGAAAGCCUAUCGCGACUACCGCAACGAGAGCUACGGGUUGCUGAUCCUGGAAGGAAAAGAGUGGCAGAGGGUCCGCAGCGCCUUCCAAAAGAAACUAAUGAAGCCGGUGGAGGUCAUGAAGCUGGACAACAAAAUCAAUGAGGUCUUGGCUGAUUUUGUGGGAAGAAUGGAUAAGCUGUGUGAUGAAGGAGGCCGCAUCAAGGACUUGUACAGCGAACUGAAUAAAUGGUCCUUUGAAAGUAUCUGCCUUGUACUAUAUGAGAAAAGAUUUGGGCUUCUUCAGGAGGAGGUAGGGGAGGAGGCACUGACCUUCAUCGCUGCCAUCAAAACAAUGAUGAGCACAUUUGGAAAGAUGAUGGUGACCCCCGUGGAGUUGCACAAGACCCUCAACACCAAAGUGUGGCAGGAGCACACACUGGCCUGGGACACCAUUUUCAAAUCAGUCAAGCCUUGCAUCGACAGCCGCUUGGAGAAAUACUCCCAGCAGCCCAGUGAAGAUUUCCUUUGUGAUAUUUAUCAGCACAAUCGCCUUUCCAAGAAAGAACUGUAUGCUGCUGUCACAGAGCUCCAGCUGGCUGCGGUGGAGACGACGGCCAACAGCUUGAUGUGGAUUCUCUACAACCUAGCCCGGAAUCCCCAAGUACAGCAGAGACUUCUUCUGGAAAUCCAGAGCGUGUUGCCCAAGAACCAGACGCCACGGGCAGAAGACGUGAGGAAUAUACCCUACUUAAAGGCCUGUCUGAAAGAAUCCAUGAGGGUCACCCCAAGUGUGCCGUUUACAACUCGGACCCUGGACAAGCCAACGGUUCUGGGUGACUACACUUUACCCAAAGGAACACUGUUGACCCUAAAUACCCAAGUGCUGGGUUCCAGUGAAGACAACUUCGGAGACUCCGACCAGUUUAGACCUGAACGCUGGCUUCAGAAGGAGAGAAAGAUCAAUCCCUUCGCCCAUCUCCCAUUUGGCCUCGGGAAGAGGAUGUGCAUUGGGCGCCGACUGGCUGAGUUACAGCUCCACUUGGCUCUUUGCUGGAUCAUCCAAAAAUAUAAUAUUGUGGCUACAGACAAUGAACCUGUGGAGAUGCUGCAUCUCGGCAUCUUGGUACCCAGCCGGGAGCUGCCCAUUGCAUUCUGUCCGCGGUAGGAUGCUGAGCAAGAAUUCUGCUCUGCUUAUGGCUUCCAUAUUCCCACACGGCAAACUUCAAGGACCAGAGCUUGGGACAACCUGCAAAGCAUGACAUACCUUGCCUUCUGUAGAACUAUUCUAGAAGCGAUUGUCUACACAAAGAUUUUCGCUGAGACCGUCACUCAGGGAAGCACAGGUCGUGUGGGAGUGCCAGGUCCCACCCUCCAGACCCCACUGCUGGUUUACCUCUGCCAAUCAGAGCCCCUCUUGCUUCUGUGGUCCUGCUCAAGAGCCUGCUAUUUCUCCAUCCUCUGUGACAUCACUGGGAGGCUGAUGGUCAGCUGUUCUAGUAAAGGUCCCUAAGUGUUUCUGCUGCCAAACCCAAAGAAGCAGCUUUAAUUCCCAUUUAUGCUUCAUGAAGAAAGACCUGCUAUGGCUUAAUUGUCUGGGGAUCUGAGUGGGGCUGGCAAACCAUUUAUUAUACCUCUGUUUCAUUCAAUAUUUGAGGAGAUGCCAGCCGAGCUAAGUGUUAGGUAAAGGCUCUCCUAAAGCUAUUUUCCCUGCAUACAAGGGGAAACACUAUUGGAAAUUAGAGACUAUUUCAAGAAGUCCUAUAGUGAAGCCAGCCCCUUGCUGAUGAAUGCUCAGUCAUGCAGAGGACUCUGUAAUUUUUUUUUGUUGUUGUUGUUGGUACCUUUUCUCCAUGGUAUUGGAGUAUGGGUGGAUGAAUCAGCAGUUUCUGGGCUGGCACAUGUGGGCUAGUGUAUGUGCCUGAGUGGCUGUGGGCUCUGAGGGUGCUUUGCUUCAGUCAUGGUUUACAUAAAGACUUAGGAUACCCAGUUUAGUGCAGGACUGUAUCCUGAAAUUUAGUCACCGCUUAAAGGUACGAAUAUACAAUUUAAGAAUAGGACUCUCUAUGCCUUAAUUUCUUUAUCUAUUCAAAGUGAUGGUGAUAAUGUAUGUGUACUCAGAGACUACCUGAGCAAUGUGUAGUGUGACUUGGAACUCUGGGAAAGCACGAUUUCAGAAGUGCAAAACACGGAGUUAUGCACUACUCACAAAAUUUUUUAAAUGUUUACAUAUGACUUGUCCAUUUUCUAACCAGCACCUUUUUUUCUACUGAAGUUUGCUGUUUACUUUUGUAUAUUUGAUAAAGAUUUUCCCGUUUAGAUUAUGGUUUUAGAAUAUUUCUGAAAUAUACAUCCAUAUGUAUUUUUGAAUGAAUUUGUGUAUAUGGCUAACACACGCUUUCUCUUUCUUAUGAAAUUAUGAAAUUAUUUUUGUAGUUGUAAAUCCGGAGACUAAAAAUGUAGUCCCAUUGUAAGGGUUUGCCUAGUCUAUGUGGGGCCCUGGAUUCCAUCCCCAGUACUGCUGAGAAAUAAAAUAAUAAAAUAAAUAAUUACA